AUGCCCUUUCAGCUUCCCAGCCUGCAAAUCGUUGCUGCAUUAUCCAUCCGACUUGGAGCUCCGGGAACUUCUAUUGCUGUCGGAAUCAGUUUGCGCAGCUCCGCGAGCCAUGACGAAGACCGUCACAACACUUGGAAUCUCCACGACUACAGCUCUCCACCUUUAAAACGUUUCGAGCGGCCAGCGCAACGAUCACUACCGAUGGCAGAGCUGGACUCGAGAAUGAAGGCCGUGAAGAAACUCCCAUCCACCGGCGGCGGAUCGUCGGGGCAGCAGCAGCACAGCUCCAAGAAGAAGCUCAAGGCGCUCCAGGGCGACUCGUACAAGAUCUACAUCUACAAGGUACUCAAGCAAGUCCACCCGGACAUCAGCAUCUCGAUCAAAGCCAUGAACAUCAUGAACAGCCUGGUCCAUGAUAUGUUCGAGCGGCUGUCCACCGAGGCCGGGCGGCUGGCUCGAUACAGCAACAAGCCCACCAUUCAGAGCCGCGAGGUCCAGGCCUCGGUCAGGCUCAUCUUCCCUGGCGAGCUCGCAAAGCACGCAAUCUCCGAGGGAACCAAGGCUGUCACCAAGUAUGUGAGCUCCUGACCGGGACGAUGAUGGCUUUU